CGUGCGUGCUGGACGGCACACGCGGCGUAUGAGUAAUAUUACUUGGUUGCCCUAAGACUGUUUUAUUGGAUUUUGGCGCAAGAAGAAGGCCAGAAAAGCCGGCUAAAGUGUCCCUCGCGGGUGUGUGUGCGUGUGUUGCCGGAAAUACUUUGAGCAAUCGAAACGCAAGAAAGAAAGAACGAAACCCAAAGCGAAACAAAAGCCUAAGCAAAUUAACUUGGCCCAUUCGUUAUAUUGCGAGUAUUGUUCUAGUGGUUAUUAUGUUUGGUUUUUUGCCCAGCCCCCCUGCCAGCACGAAAGUAGGUUAAUUGACGUGUGCUGUGGGCGUAUCUACAAGGGAAAUAAUAAAAAAAACCUACCUACAAGUAUAAAAACAAGUGAAGUGGUCAAUUGCCACAGCCAGAGGCCUCUGAACCCUCUCGAUAAAAUAAGAGUGUGAGCGCGAAAGUCAGGCUUAUUUAAGGUCACUCGGCGAAGGAGGCAGAUCCUUGGAGCGGGAGCAGCCAAUGCAACCUGCACAGACAUCAUUAGACGUGAAUAGCAACCACACAAAAUGCUGAUACUGCUGCCGCUGCUGGGUAUUUUUGGUAAUGGUCUCGUUGCUGAAGUCGAGGCGAGUCUGAGUCUGGGCUUUAAGGCCAUCAAAUUGCCUAGGCAUCCGAAUCCGGCCAAUUGCAGCGUUGGCAACACAACAUUCGCACAUGGAGUCACAUUUAAAUUGGAUUGUAAAACUCAAUGCGUUUGCGAGAAUGGCCGCCACGCCUGCUCGACGCUCUGUCCCAACGAGCAGCUGCCGGCGCCCGAGGACACGAUUUCCUGCCGAUCGCCGCGCCUCGUCGAAGUUCCCGGCCACUGCUGCAAGAUGUGGCUCUGUGAGAAUCCAACAGCUGAUGUUUACGCCACCUGCCACAACAGCACCACCAGCGGCAACUGGACCGCUUGCAGCCGGAGCUGCGGCCUUGGCACCGCCACGCGGCACACCUCCACCCACGCGGGCUGCCAUCAACUGAGCAAUUUGCGGCUCUGCGAGAAUCGCAAGUGCGACCAGGACGACCACAAGGACAAUAAGCGGGGCAGGAGCCAUUCGUUGACGCACAAGCGGAAGCAUCAUCACGCCCACAGCCACUCCCAUCAGCAUUAUCAUCACCACAAGGAGCACGAGGAGCCUGCCCACAGGAUACGAAAGGGCCACGAGUGCCGGAGUAUCCAGCGCCUAGGUCCUGCCAGGAUUCGACUGGGCGACUGCGUUUCCCGAAAGCUGUAUCGACCGAAGCUCUGCGGCCGUUGCCAUCGCGGGGUCAAGUGCUGUGCCCCGGCGGUGUCCACCACGAUACAGGUGGAGCUGUUGUGCCCUUUAAAUGCUGUCGAUCCAAUUAACUACGUACAGCGACGGGAACUGGGCAGAAAAAGGCAGCUAAAGGACACCCAUGAUGAUGAUGAUGAUGAUGAGGAUGUGGACCGAGAGGCGCUGCUCGAGAAUGCAGAGCUAUGGGACACGGUCGCCUUGGAGCCAAUCGAUCAGGAAUUCCUGCAAUCACAUCAGAUACAAAUCGAGAAUAAAUUCAUUGCCGUCGAAUGGAUACUGAAAUGUGAAUGCAGCACGAAGAAUUGCAACGCCGACAGCAGCAACAUCAGCAGCAACAGCAACGACAAUAUGUCUAACACAAAUAAAUAUGGUUUUUACAAUUACAAAAACAAUAACCAGGGCCGGAACCACGAAAUUAAUGGCGAACCAAAUGAGCCGACCAGCAAGAAUAUUGGCAACAACAAGGAGAGCGGCGAAGAGGGUGUGGUCGAGAACAGCAACAACAUGGACCACAACGAUGUGGACAACAUGUCCUCGGAACAACAGCCGGAUAUUAUACCCUAUCCACUGAGUGUGGGCGAAUCCAGUUGGAAGGCCGAAAAGCUUCGACAGCAGCAACAGCAACAUGUACAGCAGCAGCAGCAACAUGUACAGCAGCAACAUCAACAGCACUGGCAGCAACUCACAUAGCGUAUAAAAUCCGCACGCAAGCCAUAAAAUAAAACCCGAUCGGCCGAGGGCAGAGAUAUUUGUAGAGGAGAGUAGAGUUUAAGAUUUGUACAGCAUAGCGAUACUUAAGGCCCCAAGGAUGGUUAAGAUUGUAAAGGAAAAUUGGAAGGACGAAUGCGAGUUAUACUUAGGAUUUGAACAUAUCGAGGCAGUAAGUUUAGGUAUGUGAACGAUAGGGUUAGUACUAAACCAAGGGCGAACAACAAACACAGGCCGAAUAUUACAAAUAUUUUUGCAAGCAUCUAUACACAGAAACAAGCGCGACAAAAAGAAGAAAACAAAAAACAAACGAAAAGAAAAAUUUUCAGAAAAUCAUUUGAAUGGAAUGCUGCCCAAUAAUAACUUAUAUGGUAAUAAUAAUUUUAAAGACAUAGAUGUAAAAGGCUUAAAUACUUCAAAACCAAAUGAGCAAAUGCUAAAUUCGUGUGCAUUCAAGUUAUAACUGUGCUAUAUACUCACUUGUAUUCAGAUCUACACGUACAUACGCCUAAGAUUCUGCUUGAACAAAGAAUUUAGCUGGAUGUAAAUGGACGAGGCCCGCAUUCCAUAAGGAAAAUACCAAUGCGAAUGCCACGGUCAAUGUUUCGUUCGUAUCCCCACACCCAACCACACAUAUCCCCCGAAAAUAUCCCGAAACGAGUUCUCUGAUUUAGGUCAUGUGACGAGCGAAGCUUAGCCAUCACCCAUAUCAAUUCUAUCGAUGUAAGUCAACUCUUAGCUAGCGUCAGAGUUAUCCGUGUGCAGGCGAGAUUCAAAUAAAUUAAAUGCG